AUGCAGUCUACGCAGUCGGAGGACUUGCACGUCCAGAUCGUCCAUUCUGGACCCACAAGAUGUAUCCAUGCUCCCAAGUCGGCAAACGUCGACCGACUAUUUACAGGUGGUGAUGACUUUCUCGUUCGCAUUCUGCCAACAUUGCCGCUUCCCGGUGUCGAGCCUCAUCUUAUUGAAGACGCCACCGAGCCCGUGACUUGCCUCGACACCGACAGCCGCUACCUUGUGACCGCCUCCGAGGACGGAUCAGUUCGCCUCUACCGACACCACCCGACAGAUGCCGAAGGCCACCCUGUGUCUAUCACUACUCUGCAAUCUCUCUUGCGCCGCGAAGACUUGCCAUUACGAUGCGUAGCGUUGGAACGCUCAGUAAAUAGUGGCAAGUCACCCAGAGUCGCUGUUUGCUCCGAUGAAAUGAUCAUCAAGAUUAUCGAUGUCGGAGAUCCCAGACGCAUUCAGCUUCUCGAUGGCCACAACAGGGGUCUUCGAUGGGCGUCUUGGAGUCCUGUCGCGCCUCUGCUCGUCAGUUGCUCCACUGACGGUGUUGCACGAGUUACCGACCUGAGCGAUGUCGAGCCCAAGUUUGUCAAGUCGAUCGAAGGCAUCUUGCCGAUCACACGAGCCGAGAGCGAUGAGGCAUCUUGCGCUUGUUGGCAUCCAUCGGGAACCUACCUUGUCAUGCCCUCUAAGGCUCACGAAUUGGUGAUUGUCAGUGCUGCCAACGAUUCAUCGGCUUGGACAAGGACCGGCAGCUUCUACGCCAGCGCAUCGGGACCAGUACCUGCACCCAGCGGUAACAUCACAGCGCUUGCUUUCUCUCCAAACGGCCGCUACCUCGCUUCGGCCACAAUGAACGGUCAAGUAACUGUGUGGGAUGCCGACAGCCGGCAAGCCAUCCGUUACAAGCUCGCCGAUGCCCUCGUCAACGCCAUCAGCUGGCACCCCACCAAGGACGCUCUCGCAUGGACCGACAACGAGGGCACUCUCGCGCGAUGGUCUGAUGUGGUAGGCCCAACUCGCCCGAACCCGUUCGAGGAGGUCACCUUUGAUGUAUCUAAAGCGGCUCGUGGAUCUCGUGGCCAGAUUGAAAACAUCUUUGCCGGCACAGGCUUGUCUGAUGACGAAGAGGACGACGUAGCACCCGGAUCCAACCGCGGCGACGCUGACGAUCUUGACGACUUUGUCGUCGAUGAUGAGUCGCAUUCCCGCAGACAUGGCCGCCAAGGGAGCUCCUCGAGGACCUACCCCCGAGGUGGUUCCGGUAUCCAUGCCGCUGGCGGGAGCGGGAUGAUGAUUGCUGCCACCCGACCGCAGCCUGCUUUCCAGCCCACCUCGACGCCAAUGCGUGGCCAGCGCCGAUACCUAGCCUACAACCUCCUAGGCUCAGUAGUUGCUGUAGAGCAAGAAUCACAUCAGACCAUCUCGUUCGAAUCCUUCGACACAUCAGCUCGUCGUAACUUCCGUUUCUCCGACAUGAACAGCAUCAGCAUGGCGUCCCUCGCCAAGCAAGGUAUCCUCUUCGCUGCCAAACAGGUUGGUGAGCAAUCCAGCAGCGUCUUCUUCAAGCCUUUCGUCGCAGCAAGCAACAAUUUAUCCUCAGAGUGGACCUUCAACCUAGAUCAAGGAGAAGAUGUCGAGGCGGUUGGUUUGGGAGGAAGUGGCUUGCGUGUGGUCUCGGAGGAUGGAUGGGAGGACCAGGACGUCGGCAGGUCCGGAGUUGGCAUUGCCGUGGUAGCCACCUCAAAGGGAUACCUGCGUUUCCUUUCGGCUAGCGGCAUGCAGCUCUACUUGUGGGCUCUCGGGCACCCCGUCGUCACACUCGCAGUUGGAGCCAAGACUCUUCUCGUCAUCCACCGCAAGACAGGUCUUCCGUCCGGAGGCUACCAGGACCUCGGUUACAAGGUGGUUGACUUGGCUAACUUUGAUGUGAUUCAGGACGAUGUACUCCCACUCUCCAAGGAUGCACACAUCCGAUGGGCCGGAUUCAACGAUCAACAUCAGCCAGCUUUCUACGACACAAACGGGACCCUCUUCGUACUGGACCGAGCGCACCGAUCGCGUCAAGGUAGAUGGAUUCCCAGUCUCGACACCAAGCGCAUCCGUGACAGUGCUUCCGCUGAUGCUACCGAGGCCGCAGUCCGUGCUGCUUCCACCCUCGGCUACUGGCCUAUUGCCCUAAAAUCUUCAAAGCUGAUGGUGUUGUUGCUGAAAGGUGGUCGCACUCAUCCCGAAGUCGAUGGCACACGCCACAUGAUCCAAGAACUCGAGCUUCAAAUCCCUCUCAUUCACCGUGAGGGCGGCACUGGACCUCUUGAAGAGAAGAGCCUGCGCGACAGUUUGCUCGCCAUGACUGCUCGCGACGUCAAGAAUGCCGGUAUUGACCUCAGCGAAGACGACCCUCAGCUCGACGCAGGCUUGCUCGAGAUCAACUCGGACAAGGCCCUUCUUCAACUUAUCCAACUUGCGUGCAAAGCUGACAAGCACGGCCGUGCGCUCGAUGCUGCGCGUGCUUUGCACUCGACCAAGACGUUGGAAGCUGCACUCAAGAUCGCAGCGUUCUUCCAUCUUUCGAGCUUGGCAGAGCGCAUGGUGGCAUUGAAAGAGGGUUUGGAGGGACGACCAGAGCGAGUUGAGGAAGAGAGUCGAAGAUGGUGUGACCCAUCCGUGCGUGGUGGGCCGAGCUACUCGAACCCGGCGCUGAUCGAUAUCAUGACACGGGCGAGUGACCGUGGUCAUGAUGGCGCUUCUAUCCGUAAACGUGCUUCCGCAGCCUUGGGCGAAGACUUCUUGCCAUUCUCGUCCCGCUCUGCAUCCGCUGUCUUGCGUGGACACUCAGCUGCAUCUGAUCGAUACGACACUCUCCCAUCUGCGCCUUCUUCGUCUUCGAUCAACGGUGCCUACAACGGAUCCACAGGAUCCCUUUGUGCUCCUUCGGCCAACGAGGAUGACUCGUACAGCAUGGUUCUAGACGACCGAGACCCGUCCGGCAUCGGCAAGGAGAACCUCUACCAGCGUAGCUCUGAGAAGCGCAAAUCGCGCGAAGACUUCUCUGAGCCCCCCGCUCGAACCCUCGUGAUGCCCAAAGCAGCCAAGUCACUCAACCCCUUCGCUCGCACCUCAUCCAACGUCACCCACGCGAACAAGGACAAGCAGAUGCACAAGUCAACCUCCUUCUUUGAGCGCAUCGAACCAUAUGAAAAGGAGUCUCUCAAUAUGAAUGGUCCGUCAAAACAAAGCUUACUCACAGGCUUCGUGCGUAAGGACCAGGCUGCAAGGUCGGCAGACUUCGGCGAGACACAGUAUCAGGAUGGAGAGGACGAGGCAGCGAGGGAGGAAUCUCUGCAGUUGACGCUAGAGCGCGCUGCUAGGGCAAAUGCGCGAGCGGCAGAUCCAAUCAAUGGCGAUGCGCUGCCCGAAACGAUGAGGCCUGAUGCGGCUGAGACGAUGGACUCAAUAGAUAUGGAGUCUUCGGUUGUGCCGAAUGCUACUAUACACGUGUGA